CCAGAAUGCUCAGAGAGUCAGAGGGAGGAUGAGGAGGUGUUGGAGGUUGAGGAUGAAGAGCAGAGGAGGAGCAGCAGAGAUUUAUUAGUGAAGAUGACAGUGGACUUCCUGAGGACAAUGAAGCAGGAGGAGCUGGCUGACUGUCUGCAGAGCAGACAUUUUCCUGCAGUCUGUCAACGUAAAAUUAAAUCUGGUCUGAAGGAGAAGUUCCAGUGUGUGUUUGAGGGGAUUGCUAAAGCUGGAAACUCAACCCUUCUGAAUGAGAUCUACACAGAGCUCUACAUCACAGAGGGAGGGACUGCAGAGGUCAAUGAUGAACAUGAGGUCAGACAGAUUGAAACAGCAUCCAGGAAACCACACAGACCAGAAACAAGCAUCAGACAAGAAGACCUCUUUAAAGCCUCACCUGGAGGACAUGGACCAAUCAGAAGAGUGAUGACAAAGGGAGUGGCUGGCAUUGGGAAAACAGUCUUAACACAGAAGUUCACUCUGGACUGGGCUGAAGACAAAGCCAACCAGGACAUCCUCUUCAUAUUUCCACUGACUUUCAGAGAGCUGAAUGUGGUGAAAGAGAGAAAGUUCAGCUUGGUGGAACUUGUUCAUCACUUCUUCACUGAAACCAAAGAAGCAGGAAUCUGCAGCUUUGAAGACUUCCAGGUUGUGUUCAUCUUUGACGGUCUGGAUGAGUGUCGACUUCCUCUGGACUUCCACAACACUAAGAUCCUGACUGAUGUUACAGAGUCCACCUCAGUGGAUGUGCUGCUGACAAACCUCAUCAGGGGGAAGCUGCUUCCCUCUGCUCGCCUCUGGAUAACCACACGACCUGCAGCAGCCAAUCAGAUCCCUCCUGAGUGUGUUGACAUGGUGACAGAGGUCAGAGGGUUCACUGACCUCCAGAAGGAGGAGUACUUCAGGAAGAGGUUCAGAGAUGAGGAGCAGGCCAGCAGCAUCAUCUCCCACAUCAAGACAUCACAAAGCCUCCACAUCAUGUGUCACAUCCCAGUCUUCUGCUGGAUCACUGCUACAGUUCUGGAGGAUGUGUUGGAAACCAGAGAGGGAGGAGAGCUGCCCAAGACCCUGACUGAGAUGUACAUCCACUUCCUGGUGGUUCAGGCCAAAGUCAAGAAGGUCAAGUAUGAUGGAGGAGCUGAGACAGAUCCACACUGGAGUCCAGAGAGCAGGAAGAUGAUUGAGUGUCUGGGAAAACUGGCUUUUGAUCAGCUGCAGAAAGGAAACCUGAUCUUCUAUGAAUCAGACCUGACAGAGUGUGGCAUCGAUAUCAGAGCAGCCUCAGUGUACUCAGGAGUGUUCACACAGAUCUUUAAGGAGGAGAGAGGCCUGUACCAGGACAAGGUGUUCUGCUUCGUCCAUUUGAGCGUUCAGGAGUUUCUGGCUGCUCUUCAUGUCCAUUUGACCUUCAUCAACUCUGGUGUCAACCUGAUGGAAGAACAACAAACUACAUCUCUGUGGACUAAAUUAUUAAGAAAAACAACAUGUCUCCAUCAGAGUGCUGUGGACAAGGCCUUACAGAGUCCAAAUGGACACCUGGACUUGUUCCUCCGCUUCCUGCUGGGUCUUUCAUUGCAGACCAAUCAGACUCUCCUACGAGGCCUGCUGACUCAGACAGGAAGUAGAUCACAGACCAAUCAGGAAACAGUCCAGUACAUCAAGGAGAAGAUCAGCGAGAAUAUGUCCGCAGAGAGAAUCAUCAAUCUGUUCCACUGUAUGAAUGAACUGAAUGAUGUAUCUCUAGUGGAGGAGGUCCAACAGUCCCUGAGAUCAGGACGUCUCUCCACAGAUAAACUGUCUCUUGCUCAGUGGUCUGCUCUGGGCUUCAUCUUACUGUCAUCAGGAGAAGAUCUGGAUGAGUUUGACCUGAAGAAAUACUCUGCUUCAGAGGACGCUCUUCUGAGGCUGCUGCCAGUGGUCAAAGCCUCCAACAAAGCUCUGUAA